AUGGUUGUAGAGACACGUUCUGCGAAGAAAACAGUAGUUGUAAGAAAUCGCUAUACCGAGGUGAGCGACGAUGAAUAUGACGACGAAGAAUACAUUGAAAGUGGUAAAGAAAGUGAGGAUGAACCGAUCGUUCUAAAACGAAAACGGAAAACCAGUCAACGCAUAACAACCCCGACAAAACCCACAAAGCAAGGGAAGGUUACCACACCUAGUACAGUAAGGGUAAAGUCAGUCAGUCAAAUCACGCCACUAGCGUUGCGUUUGCAACCAACAAAUAAACCUCAAUCAUGCUAUGAUCGUGCCAGAUUAAUGUUACGUCUUGAGGAAGUACCAGAUUUCUUGCCAUGUCGCGAGAAGGAAUAUAAGUUAAUUUACGACAAAGUAAAAUCGGCAUUGGAACAAUUUUCGGGGCAUCGAAUUUUUAUUUCUGGUCAACCUGGCACGGGAAAGACGGCGACCGUACGACAAGUUGUAAGAAAUCUGCAAAAAAAGGUUAAAAAAAAGGAAUUGGUACCCUUCGACUUCGUUGAAAUUAAUGGAAUGGAAUUGAAACCUCCGGAGAGAGCAUACGCGUCCGUAUGGGAGAAAUUAACGGGCGAUCUUGUCUCAGCCAAAGAUGCAGAGUCAUUGUUGAGCCGAAUUUUUAAUGCGCCAUCUAAACGGAAUCCAAUCGUGUUAAUGAUAGACGAAUUUGAUUCUCUGGUCAAGAAACACAACAAAGUCAUCUAUAAUUUCUUGAAUUGGACAACAUUGUUAAAUUCGCAUUUCAUAGUUAUUGCAUUGACCAAUCGAAUCGAUUUGCCUGUUACCAUGCUUUCUGUUAGUAGUGAUAGUCGGAUGGGUUUGGACCGGUUCACUUUUGCUCCAUAUACUCAUGCAGAAUUGACUACAAUUAUAAGGUCGCGACUUAAAGGAAUUAAUUUAUUUACGAAUGAAGCUGUAGAGUUCACUGCUAGAAAAGUGAGCUCUAUUACCCAAGACGCGAGGAAUGCCUUGUGUAUUUGCAGUCGCGCCGUGGGAAUUCUCGAAUCUCUGAUGAAAGGAGAUAGUACAUCAAAUGAUAAAGUCACAAUAGAAAUAAUUAAAGAAGCCAUUAAGAAGACUAUCACUCCUUGGUCGAGAUACAUCAAGAAAUGUUCCUUUCAGGCAAAAUUAUUUCUUUGUUGUUUAUGUCUAUUGAGGAAGAGUGAAAAAGGAGAAAUCGAAUACAAAGAUGUCGCCGAGAAAUACAUUAAACUGUGCAAGGGAAAGGGGAUCCCACAACCAACUUACACCGAGAUAUCAAAUAUUGCAUAUGAUCUUGCGUCAUCAUCGAUUGUGAUUAUGGAUCCAAAUGGGGACGUAUAUGCUACUGUUAACUUCAACGCCAAUGAGGAGGACGUGCAAAUAGUAUUGAGUGAUGAUCCAUUUUUCUGUAAUAUGAUAAAAUUAUAA